CUGAAAAUUAUCCGGCUAACUCAGUUAGCCACGUACGAGGAACGGGGCCCUGUUCUUUUUUCUUUUUCCUCAUUUUAACUGACGUCAUCAUACCGGAAGUAAACAAACCAGCCGAGGCUCAAGACGCUCACGAGACCUACCAUCCCGUGCCAUGACAGCUCGCGCAGGUGUGACGUCGCUGUGGCACGCAUGAACUCCACAUCUCCUCCCGAGGGUGUGAAGCCGGACGGUCGCCUCCGCAGCACGAUGGCCGAGGUGCUGGGACAGAAGAGCUUGUUGGGCUUCAGCGUGCUGUUGGCCUGGCUGGUGCUGUUCCACCUGCUGGUCAACAUCUGGCUGCUGUGCGUGUUCACCAGCCUGCUGGUGGUGCUCGGCGGCUGGCUCGGCUCGCAGGCCGUCCUGGAGUCCAACAGCGUGGUUCACCUGGAGAGGUUUAUCAUCCUGGAGCAGGUUCCGCCGUCUGUGGAGGAUGAGCAUCACUUGGACCAGGAGAUCCACAACACAGUGAGGAAAAUCAUCAGGGACUUCGUCACCUCGUGGUUCGCCACCGUGUCCUCAGAGAGUGGGUUUGAGACGGAGGUGCAAGAGGCCAUGGUCUCUAUGGCCAUGGAGCUGAAGAGCCGCGCGAGACAGCUCGACAGGAAGGAGCUCACCCAGAGGAUCCUGGAUCUGUUCGGCUGCCACCUGCAGGACUACAUCAGAGCCAAGGAGCUGGUGUCUGAGCAGCCGGAGCCCCCGGCGGGGAAGUGGAGCGGCGAGAGUGAUCGGCUGUGGCGGGCGUACUCCACGGUGACCGCGCCUCACCUCGCCAUGACCGGCGAUGCGGUGCAGCUCAACUACACCCGAGCGGUGGUGGAUUUGCUGCUGCACGUGUUGGUGCCGCCGCCUCACUUGGAGAGCCGCACGGGACGGUUCGUGGUCGGGGAGCUCAUCACCUGCAACGUCCUGCUGCCGCUCUUCGCCAAGCUGUCCGACCCCGACUGGCUGAACUUUCUCGUGAUCACGAUAUUCGGCAAGUCGCGCAAACCACAGGAGCCGUUCUCGACGGAGCAGUUGGCUUUGUCUCCGUCGCUGCUGCCACCAUCACCACCAUCACCUGCUGACUCAGAGCUCGCUCCACUUCAAGAGACGCCUCAAAGGGAAGGUGAAGCUCCUCCGCUGAGAGAAAUGCUCAGUGACGCGGAAACACCCGAGCUCGUCGCCUACGACGUGAUCGACUCCGAGUACGCGGAAUGUCCGCAGAGCAACGCCGAGGAAGAAGAGCCAGCUCUGCCCUUCCCAACGCAUUACAUGAGGGGCAGCAAGUCCAACCCUUUUUACCAGGAAAACGACUCUGACCUGGAUUCUCCUUUGGGUGACUAUAAGCGAGACUCCAUCGAUUCCCUGGUCAUGAUCGGCCAAGAGGACGGCCUGUACGACGGACAGAAGGAGCGUCCCGCGUCUGUGGAGGACAACAAUGGCGUGGACCUGGAGGACGUGUUCCCCAGUCUGGUGGACGGCUCCUGUCCCAGAGUCCUGGUGACUUCAGAGCCAGCGGAGCAUCCCAACAACGGCUGCGACCUCUCUUCGGUGAGGACGUCGGGGGGCCUCCAGGACCCGGAGAGGGAGGGUUCCCCCUCAGUGAACCCGGCCAGGGAGCUCCUUCUGGGGACGGAACAGAACGAGCCGACCGUGGUCGGCCCGUCGCAGGGCUCCUCCCCUCAGGCCACAUUCAGCUUCGAGCCCCUCAUCAGCCCCGAUGGGCCGGUCAUCAUCCAGAACCUCCGCAUCUCCGGCACCAUCACGGCUAAGGAGCACCGCGGCACCGGCUCACACCCGUACACCCUCUACACCAUCAAAUACGAGACAGCGAUGGGCUGUGAGACUCCGGGGAGCUCCCAGACGGGCUCUGAGGAUGCUGAGGUCGCCCCGUCAGGGUGUGGGAAUCCAUCGCCCGUCCAGCAGGUAGCCUACCACAUGGUCAACAGACGAUACAGCGAGUUCCUCAACCUGCAGACCCGAGUGGAGGAGAAAACAGAACUACGGAGACUCAUCAAAGGUGUGAAAGGACCAAAGAAGAUAUUUCCAGAGAUGCCGUUUGGAAACAUGGACAGUGACAAGAUAGAAGCCAGGAAAGGACUUCUGGAAACCUUCCUGAAGCAACUCUGUGCCAUCCCUGAAAUAGCCAACAGUGAAGAGAUGCAGGAGUUUCUGGCUCUCAACACCGACGCCAGGAUCGCAUUUGUCAAGAAACCUUUCAUUGUGUCGCGCAUAGACAAGAUCGUGGUGAACGCCAUCGUGGACACCCUGAAGACAGCGUUUCCUCGCUCAGAACCUCAGAGCCCGACUGAGGACAAUGAGACGGAGAUGGACGGAGGAAAAAUGAGUUGUGACAAGAAGAGCAAGUAUGACUCCAGAAAUCCAGACCAACUUUUAUCCUCAUAAUAUCCCGAAAACACAAACCCAAACAAUUGUGGCCGUGUUUUUUUUACCAGGUGGCAACUUGUAGUUCUUAAGAGUGAAGCCGAUGCUUCAUGUGUUAAAGCUGCAUUCUCUCUAGU